GUAUGGAUAGUAUGGUACAGAUAGGAUGUUAUGUUUGAUCAAUGUUUCAUAAUAAUAUGUUAAGUAAUAAGUUCUUAGUUUAUGAUAAAAAGAUUUCUGAUUAGCGGUUUUUUUAAUCGCGUAUGGUAGUUUGUGAUGCACAGACGCAAAUAAAUAGAUUUUAUUGAUUAAAUACACCUACCGGAAAUCGAUAUGAUAAGAGGCUAAGUUACUUUUAAUUAAAAAAUAACUUCGUAUAAAUACAGAGCGCAGUGUAACAGAACACAGUGAAGUGUAAUUGUUAAAAAAUGACACCGACGCUCGUCUUACUGCUCUUAGUUGGAGCUGUGGCUGCCAUACCAGACCAGUCCUCAAGGAUUGUCGGUGGGACAGCGACAACUAUCGACCGGUACCCCACAAUGGCAGCAGCACUUUUUUCUAGCAAUAUGGCCCAGUGGUGGCAAGGAUGUGGCUGUUCCAUUCUCAAUAACAGAGCCGUCCUUACAGCCGCACAUUGUAUUAUAGGAGAUCGUGUCGGUGUUUGGAGAGUUCGCGUAGGAUCUUCUUUUGGAAAUAGUGGAGGUGUUGUCCAUGAGGUCAACAGGCACAUCAUCCACCCUAAUUACAAUCAUCGUACAAAGGACGCUGAUAUUGCAAUCAUGCGUACAGUUUUACGGAUAAACUUCGUACGUAAUACCGUGCAGCCAGCUCGUAUUGCGGGUUCCAAUUACAACCUUGCCGAUAACCAAGUUGUUUGGGCAGCUGGAUGGGGAUCUACAAGGACUGGAAGUGGUUUUGCUGAACAGCUUCGACAUGUUCAAGUUUGGACGAUAAAUCAGGCCAUUUGUAGAGAGCGAUACUCGAGAAUAGAUAGACCGAUCACUGCCAAUAUGUUGUGCUCCGGCUGGCUUGACGUCGGCGGCCGCGAUCAGUGUGGAGGUGAUUCCGGUGGUCCUCUAUACCACAACGGUGUCGUCGUCGGGGUGUGCUCGUGGGGAUUCUCUUGUGGAAGUGCAUUCUACCCUGGAGUAAAUGUUCGCGUCUCUCGCUUCAGUUCAUGGAUUCAAAACAAUGCUUAGAUUAAAGGAACAGUUUAACUAAUUACAUUUUUAAGCACCUAUAAA